GGAUGGAGGAGCACGUCCCGUCAUCCGGAGGACCGCCCCCUUUCGCGGUGCCCGCCGGUGGGCAGAAGAAGAAGCAGAUCUCCACUCAAUCUGCGUCCAUUCGAUUCGUGUUGUUCCAUCUCUUUCUCUCUGUGUGCUCCUUCCGUGUGCGGACGUCAGGCGGGCAUCAUCACCUGGCGGCCUACACCGUGUCAUCCCCGCAGCCACAGCAAGCACCAGCCUCUCAGCCCGUGACACCUUCAAGGGUGAGCGAUGCCAUUCACCACAAGCGGCCUAGGCACAUCCCAUGAGUGAGUGCCCGCAUCUGAGUUCGUUCCUCUGAUUUGGUUUGGUUUGGUGUGAUGCGAUGCGGUGCGAUGCAGGUGCCUGUGCACCUGGACCCCCUGCAGUCGUCAUCGCCCAUCAGCGCCGCGCCGGAGCGGCCCUCGUUGUCGCGAGUGCGGCGUGAGGUGCACCAGAGGAGGUACAAGACUGCCAUACAGAUGUGCGAACAGGCCCUACAGGUGAGGGAGGGAGGGAGUGAGUCGGGGCAGGGCGGGGUAAGGUUGAUUGAUGCGUUUAUUGCUGCUGCUGCAUUGUGUUGUUGUAUGUGUGUGGUCGAUGGGUGGGUGGGUGCAGUCGGGUGGUGCGGGCAGUCAGUUGGCGCCGACUGAGGUGAUAGCGUGGCACACCGUACGCAUCUACUGCCUGCUCAAGCGACAGGUGCGCCAUGCCUGCCUGAGGACACUGGCUGCAUACUCUAACUUACAUGACAGGUGGGGUGGAUGGUGCAUGCCUGUCUGUCUGCCUGGCUGUCUGGCUGUUUGUUCGUUUGGCCUGCAGGAGUACCAACAGGCGGAUGAAGCACUGGCACGCCUCGGGUGAGCUAGGAGAGAAUUCAUUCUUCCUCUGAGGAAUGAGGGACGUCACUCACUCUUCUAUCUAUCUAUAUCUCUGCGGGCGGGCGGGCGACAGGUCGUUUGAGGCCCCGAAAUGGCGAUACGAGCAGCACCCAGACCUAUACCCGUACGCACGAACGAACGACAUACUCACACCCACCUUCCCACCCACCAUGGUCUUUUCAUCCGUGCAGUGGCCAAUCAGGCUCGUUCGUGCCCUUCGUUCUCCGUCAGCUGUCAGCUGUGGCGCCGUAUUUGGCCAACCGGCCGCAGGUGACCCUCGACCGCCUGACUGAGCUGCAGACGCUGUGCGUGCAGCACCACACCGACCACACCGACAGUGAAAAGGCCAGGCAGCUGUGGCUGGACCGGGAGAUCGCCGUCAUCUGCCUUAUCGCCGAGGUGCACUGCCAUCCCGCCCUGCAGAACUUCCCGGUACAUCUGACAAAGAGAGAGAGGUGUGUGUGUGUGUGUGUGUGUGAGGGGGGUACACAUGCGAGUGUCCGUCUGCUCGUGUGUGACCAGGAGGCCAUCAGGGUUCUGCAGCGGGCCCUUGAGCUAAGGCCCCGUGACCGAGGCACAUUGUCAAUGCUGGGCAGAGUCUCCCUGCAGGUUAGCAACCGCAUCAGAAGCUAGACUCUCUCCACAUGUCGCUGGUUGUUCACACACACAGUUGGGUGCGGUUGAGUCAGCGGAGGAUUACUUCGGUCUCGACGAGUGCCUCGCAGAGAAGGACUCAGCCCUCGUCCGCGCAAACAAGUGAGCCCCCCAUGAACUCCCACCCGCCCCUCCCACCUGCCCUGCACAAACACCCACACAUCACACUAGAAUGAAUGAAUCGCUUUGCCAUCCAUGUGUGCAGCGGCCACCAUGCUUUAGCGAGCCAGGACUAUGCCACCGGCGUCAAGGAGUUCGAGGAGAGCAAACAGCUGGCGGAGGCGACACUGCAGCAGCACAUCAAUGCCGCAAGGGCCGUCCUCCCGGGCGGACCCGAACCUGCUGACCAGGCCAAGAUCGCACGCGCGUCGCAGGCGUGUGCGACGGCUGCCAAUAACCUGGCUGUGGCGCACUUGUAAGCAGACGGCGAGAGAUGGGAGGGUGCACAUGACAUGAAGGGCAUUCUCUGGUUCGUUGAUUCAUUCAGUUACGACAAAAACUUGCCGAGGGCGAAGGAGGUGCUGGAGAACUCACUGUGGGCCCAGCCGGUAAGUGAGAGAGGCAUCCCAUCCGUCCGUCAAAUCACCACGCCACCACACACCCAAGUGGCCGCUGUGUGUCUGCAGGACGUGAUGGGCCUGACCAACAAUGGCGUCAUAGCGCCCGCCGUCAAGAACCUGCUGUCCUUCUGGGAGUUCGACCGCGACAAGAGUCACACCACUUCCGCCCUGCAGGAGCUGAUAUCGUCAACGUGCAACGAGGACGUGCAGGUGUGGGAGUCGCUCAAGACACAGCAGGGCCAGGGCGGGCAGCCCGGUGCUGCGGGGAGGGUGGCCAUGGGCAGCCCGCCUAGACAGGCCGUAGGCAUACCCGUCGUCGGACAGGCCCUCUGACUUGAUCGAUGGGCCGGGUGCCAUAUGUGGGUGUGGUGUGUGCAUAUGAAUCCCCGAUGAGC